AUGCAGCUGGAGGGCGCGCUCUUCUUUGGGCUCGCCGUGCCGGCGGUGGCGCAGCUCAUCGAGCAGCUGCCGGGGGCAAAGUCGUGCGAGGGCUUCCACCCUCGCUACUCGCGGCCCGAGGCGAUGCAGAAGGUGCCGCCGCUGCCAAAGUCGACCAACGGUUGCGCGCGCGCCGACCCGUACGUCAAGCGCUCCUCGCAGUACAAGGCGGCGCACUCUGUCUACCACCGGCCCUUCCUCAACCGCGGAGCGAUCCAGUCGCACAAGGAGAAGGAGGAGCCGGCCGAGGGCGAGGAGCGCGAGGGGCUGCUCCUGCGCCGGAGGGAGGGCGAGUCCCGCUCGGUCGGCCAACUCGCCGCGCUGCAGUCCUUCUCCGCCCUGCAGAAGCUGCACUACAACGUGCGGGUGGGCCGCUCGCCCAUCCACAACUGGGGGCUCUUCACGACGUGCGGCAUCCCCAAGGACGCGAUGGUGGUCGAGUACAAGGGCGAGGCGAUGCGCAACGCGAUGCGCAACGUGCUGGCGGACCUCAAGGAGAAGAAGUACGGCGAGGGCGCGCUGCGCGGCCAGGGCGGCGACUGCUACAUGUUCCGGAUCGACCCCGAGACGGUGCUCGACGCGACCGUCAAGGGCAACGUGGCGCGCUUCAUGAACCACUGCUGCCACCCGAACUGCUACUCCAAGGUCAUCGAGGUGGACGACGACCGCGGCGCCGUGACCGUGCGGCGGAAGCACAUCGUCAUCUUCGCGCAGCGCGACCUCGAGGCGGGCGAGGAGAUCAUGUACGACUACAAGUUUGGCGUCGAGAAGGAGAAGAUUAUCUGCCACUGCGGCCACCCCAAAUGCUUAGGGGUGAUGAACUGA